AUGGCGGCGAUCAUCGCGAACGCGAACGUCGGCGGCCACAAGUUCGAGGAGAAGCUCUGCGCGGCGCUCGAGUACAUGCACAUGCACAACUUCCCGCGGAACAUUAUCGACCGGGUCAAGGACUACUACUACGUGCGCUUCGUCGGCGGCAAGCUCUUCGACGAGGAGUCGAUCCUCGUGGACCUGAACGUGGAGCUCCGGAAGGAGAUCGCGCUCUACAACACGCGCGCGCUGCGGCCGAAGACGCCGGUGCUGAAGAAUUCGCCCCAGGCCUUUUUUUCCGCCAUCGCGACGCACCUGCGCGCGAACUCGUUCUUCGACGGCGACAUCGUCAUCACCGAGGGCGCGUCGCGCGGCGACAUGUUCUUCGUGAACAACGGCUUCUGCGAGGUGCUGCUGCGCGCGGCGAACAAUUUGCCGUUGCGCUUCCUCGCGAGCGGCUGCUACUUCGGGGAGAGCGCGGCGCUGCUGGGCGUCAAGCGCACCGCGACGAUCCGCGCGGCGGGCGCCCUCGAGGUCUUCGCGCUGCCGCCGGAGGUGCUGCUCCAGGUCUGCUCCGACUUCCCCGAGGUCGGCGUCUACAUGAAGGAGGUGUCCCUCAACCGCGUG